AUGGCUGUGAAAGUAAUGCAACUUCUUCAGCUGAUUUUAUUUGCUGCAAUGUACGGGAUAUUGUGCAGUUUAGUGUCUGUAGAAAGCGUGUGUAACCCCAACUGGGACCAGAGGGUUGGAACAAAUACCUGUUACUUAUUUGUUUACAAAGUUACCUCGUGGUACGGUGCUAGAAGCGAUUGCUUUGCAAAAGGCGGAGUUUUAACCAGUGUCAGUUCACAGGACGAACAGGAUUAUAUAGCAGCCAAGAUUGGUCGCCUAGGUUAUGAAGGUUUGUGGAUAGGUUUUACUGACGAAGCUGUAGAAGGUAGAUGGAUAAAUGUCGACGGAACACCUGUCUCAUACACCAACUGGUACACAGGUGAGCCAAACGACGACGCCAGAAAGGAAGACUGUGCUGCAAUAACCCAAAUUCAUUUUCCAAAAUGGUAUGAUAAGGACUGUAGCAAUCAGUUUCCUUACAUCUGCAAAUCAAGCACCGUACCACCGUGGCAAAACAAACUAGGAACAAAUCUUUUCUACAUGUUUGUUCGAAAUCCCUUACCGUUUUAUUACGCCAGAGAUUAUUGUAGGACAAACAAUGGAUUAUUAGCUAGCAUAGCAUCCCAACAAGAGCAGAAUUAUUUUUCAGCCAUGAUUGGUCGCCUCGAUACAGAAUGUUGGUGGAUAGGCUUGACUGACGAAGCUGUGGAAGGUAGAUGGGAAAAUGUUGACGGAACACCGGUCUCAUACACUAAUUGGUAUCCAGAAACAGGUGAACUCUACUUCAUGUAUCCCAUGACCACCUUGGGUAAAAAUGGUGAGCCAAACAAUGUGGGUGGAAACGAAGACUGUGCGGGAAUAACACAAAUUCAUUUCCCACUUUGGUAUGACAAGGAUUGCAAUAACCUGUUUCCAUUCACCUGCAAAUACGGACGAAGUAAAUCUUUUCAAGACCACUGCUGGAUAGGUUUCUCUAACGAACGUGAAAUCGGAGUGUGGCAAUGGGAGGAUGGUUCACCUGUAACAUACUUAAUCUGGGAUCGCUUUCUGACACAUUCAGCCAAUUGGACUAUUGAGCAUUGCGCAGUUCUUGCAAAAUAUAAUUUUUCAACAUGGCAUGAUGAAAAAUGUGUAACAAGGUAUCCGUUUAUCUGCAAGCAAGCACCUAACAUGACUAACAGUACACACACAACCCUCUCAUUUACCUGGGAGAAUAAAUAUGGAACAGAUUUGCACAACAUGUUUGUAAAAACUAGCUUAUCAUGGUAUGACGCAAGAGAUUAUUGUAUAUUACACAAUGGAAAUUUAAUAAGCGUAACAUCCCAAGAGGAGCAAGACUAUAUUACAGGUCGGAUUAGGUCUGCUCAAGGGCAUAGCUGGAUUGGAUUAUCGGACGAACUUCAAGUCGGAAAUUGGCAAUGGAAGGACGGAUCACCUCUAACAUACUUUAACUGGGAUCGUAUAGUAGCUCAAACAGAUAACACGACAUAUGGCUAUUGUGCUCUACUUGCCAUUUACAACGUUCCAAUGUGGCAUGCUGCCUCUUGUAUGUCAUCGUUUCAAUUUAUCUGCAAAAGAACUUUCAAAGAUUGUUUCAGCCGGGUUUAA